AAUACACUUUUCCAACGUUCACGAAAAUGAAGGCAACAUCGUUCAACCGUCCGGUGUGGCUUUCCUCCAAUCUGUACCCUUCACCCAUUUCCCGCCCAAUCAACUUCCCAUCACAACAACGGCAGCCACGUCUGGGCUUCACAGACUCCACAGGUCUGGAUUUCUAUACACAUGGGCCUCGUGGCGCAAUCCGUGCCGUCAAUUUAGGGAAGAAAUCGUACGUGUCGCCGUGGGAUGAGAAACCUUAUGAAACACUUCCAAACGGUAAAAGAGCUUACAUGGAUGAACAAGAUAUAGUCACAUUUCUUGAUCCCCCCAAGGAGUUGAUUCCUCUGGACCCUGCGUCUUAUAAUCCAGCUGCAUAUCUUUGGAAAAAAAUUGAAGAUAUUCCUGAGGAAAGGCGUCCUAGACUGCUGCAGUUGCUAACACCCAGGAUUAUAUCAAGAGCUUGGCAGAUAGCCGGCGGACGAUAUGAGGAUCCUAAGUUAGCAAAGAAGUUUGCAUCCAAUUUAUCUUUUGAGGAUGGUGUAAUGCUUGAAAAUUAUAACUGUCGAACAAGCGGAGGACCAAUGCCUAUUGCUUGGAUGAAUUCCUUCAAGAAGGCUAUUUUUUGUGGCAAGGAUGGGAAGUCCUAUGGACGAUUUAUUGGUGGAUCAGUUCUGUCUGGAUUUGCAACUUCUUUUAGACCAUUGUACUUUGAACUGAAACAAGUUAAGGAAGUGAUGUCAACUGGGCAGCCUUGUGAUUUAGCAUAUGAUUUUGGGGAUGGCCUUUUGGACCUCCAAGAAUAUCCACAAGGCUUCCCAAAACCAGUAAAACAUUUGUAUCCAUUCAACGAUCAGGUUGUUGUAUAUGUUCGUCAUCUAGGACCAGGGGUCUCAGUAGGGCAAGCAUGGCAAGAAGGGAAAUCAUUACAACAUGUGCCUCAAAAGUUAUGCGGUGAGAUAUUGAUGGUGAAAGAUUAUGCUGCAUUAUCUGAAAAUCACUAAAAGAAUCUACCUAGUUCUUUAAAGAAAGAUGAAAGAUUAUGCUGUAAUGGUUCGAGUGAGAAAACAAAAGCCUGUACAAUCGAGUAAUCAAUAUGCUAUGGAGAAAGGUGUUUCAAAUUUGAUACAGGGCAGAAAAGGGGUUGAGGGUCUAUGAAAAUAUCAAGCUAAUCGAACAAGUUUUUUCGGAUAAUGGUAAGUAUUACAUGUCCAAAAACACAAUCUGUACAAUCGAACAAGUUAACUGAGGCAGUAUCCAAUAACUCAGAUUACUAGUUCUGAAACUGAUCUUAGUUCUCAUUUCAUUCAGAGUUUUGAACAGCAUACACAUUCUUAUAUGGGUCUAAAGAAAUUUUAAGGCUAAGUAUCUCCUGCUAGAUGUUGAAAAGUUUGUAUCAAUUUUUAUUUUGGCAACUUAUAUCAGAUAUAUUAUUCGCUAAAAA